AUGUCUGAGACUCACAACACCCUCGGUAACGAUGAGUGGCUCCUCACGGGCCAAAGCCUGUGGAGUGAGAACGGCGUCUACGAGCUCAGAAUGCAGGAGGACGGCAAGAUUGUCUCCUACGAGAACGGCAACCCAACCUGGCAGAACUCCAGAGAGCAGCGUGACGACGUGAAGGGGGUCCGUAUGCAGGCUGACGGCAACCUGGUUAUCUACACCCAUGACGACGAAGCUGUCUGGCACUCCAACACUGCCCCCAAGAACGAUGUGUUCCUCAUCAUCCAGAACGACGGCAACCUCGUUCUGUACGAGGGCAACCCCGUCUGGGCCACUUCGACUACUCCCUCUGCUUAA